GCAGGCGGGCUGGGCCGGCUCCAACCGUGCGCUCCUCGAUCUAAUCUCCGCUUUACGGUUAAGGAAAAGCGAGAAAAACGAGUUUCGGAUGCAUUUGUUUUAAAAAAAAAUGUAUUAUCUGAAAACAUGUAACUCUAACGACGUGAAGCAUGAUGAACGGAUAACCUCACUUCGUCACAGAGCGGCAGGGUUUCGGUCCUCCCCCCAGGUCAAUCCACCUGUUGCACCACCUGGAGCGGAGCAGCGCACAGAGGAGCGCAACCAUGGGAGGUGUCUAUUCCAGUGAAAAGAUGGCUGACGUUUUUGCCUAUGAGAGCUCAGAACUUGACUGGUGUGAAGACAACUACAGAUACUCUGAGCAUGUCGUGGAGUAUUUCAACACGGUCAGCAGCUUUUUCUUCUUCAUUGUUGCUCCUAUAAUGCUCUACCUGCUGCAUCCCUAUGCCAAGGAGAGGAGCCUGGCGAUCCACAUGGUCUGGAUCAUGAUGAUUUUUGUAGGACUUUUUUCUGCAUACUUCCACAUGACUCUUAGCUUCGUUGGCCAGAUGCUGGAUGAGCUCUCCAUCUUGUGGGUGUUGGCUGUAGGAUAUGCCACUUGGUUCCCUCGUAAACUGUUUCCCUCUUUUAUCAAAGACAGGUCCACAUUUUCGCGGCUCGUCCUUUUGAUCACUGUCAUUACUUCUGUGUCAUCGUUUGUCAAACCUACAGCCAACGCCUACGCCUUAAACUGCUUUGGCCUCCACCUUCUGUACACCUUGGCUGUGGAGAUGAGACGCUGCACUGACCGGAAGGCUCUACGUCUGGCCAAACUGUCGGUGGCUCUGUGGGUCCUCGCCAUCUCCUGCUGGAUUAGCGAUCGUUUGUGCUGCAGUUUCUGGCAGCGGUUAAACUUCUGCUACCUUCAUGGGAUCUGGCACAUUCUCAUUGUGAUGGCAGUAGCCUACGGCAGCACACUGAUAGCUUAUCUGGAUGCCAGCAAUGAAAUACCUUAUUCGCUGCCUGGACUGGAGUACUGGCCCUGUGAUAAAUGGGCCGUUGGAUUCCCCCACAUUGUUCUCUCCAGCUCUCCAAAGACCCAAAAACGGUGCUGACAAAUCAUUACCCCUGGCAUUUCAUUUGUUGUCAAAUGUUUGCUAAACAACUGAAUUACCUUGCAUCUGAAUCCUACUGAUAAAUGUCACUGCUUAGACUGAAGUUAGCAUUUAAAUGCAUAUCUGUAGUCACCAAAACAAUAUAAUCAUAGAGGAUAAUGAGUUUAGUCGUUGACAAAACAUUCAUCUCUGCAUUUCCUCUAAAGAGGUUUUUGUGUAAGCACCAAAAAGAACAUUUGAAGCACUUUACAGUAUAAAAAAAAUUGGCACCAAAGUGCUGCAUAGCAAAAACUUAACUAAGCUAUUAUUGCAAGUAGCAGUUAUCCUUGCAACAAUGUUUAAUUUGACACACGACUUGUAAAGAACAAUACAGUAGAGACUGAUGCUAUUCUUUGCUAUGUAAACAUAUAUAAAAUGUUACUAAAGUGAGUUAAUAUAAAAUAUUUUUACAUUUGGAGAUAUUUGAAUGUGACCAAAGUCUUUAAAGUUAGAGUUAGCCUAGCUAACUGCUAGCAUAACUUCCUGGUGAGUUAUUCUUCCAAAUCCCAACCUAGAUUGUUUAGAUUCAGAUUCAAAUUUAUUAGUGUCCCAAAUGGGUAAUUGAUGUUACAGCAAGUAUAAAAACUAAAAGACAAAUGAUCAAAGAUUAAAGAAAUAAAAAACAACAAAACAUACCAAAAGGACAUGACGUGCAAAUCAAUACAUAAUGUGAAGAAUACAGCUGUGUAUUUCAUAAUUGACUGACAGUUGCUACAAACACUAAAUCAGGUGCAAGUCCCCCUACCUUGUCGUGCAUUAAAAAGAGAUAUUGAUGUAGGAACAAAUGAGUGCUUGUACCUGAACCUGAUGCCAGAAGGCAGAAACUGGAACUCAGCAUGUAAAAGAUGAGAAGUAUCAGCAAUAAUGGCUUUAGUUUUCCUAAUGAUUUGUUUUUUUACACACUUCUGUAAGUUAGCAUUGUUCAACUCCUAAGAUCUUAUUGCUAGUAUGUUUUACUCUGCUAAGGGCAUUUUUUGACCUAAUGCUAAGAUUUCCAAACCAACAGAGGAGGGAUAAAGUCAACACAGAUUCAAUAUAUGAUCUAUAAAAUAGGAUCAUCAAUGACUUAUCAACUUGAAACUUUGCGAGCCUCCUUAGACAAAAUAAUCUUUGCAGGUUUUUUUUGCAAAGAUUUUUUUGCAGGUUUUCUGAAUGGCAGGUAAAUUGUAACUUUUUAUCCAAAAUAGUCCCAAGAUAUUUGUAGUUCUCCUGUCCUGCACAUUUAAUGAAAGAAAAGCUUUAUCACUCCAGUCAACAAAAUCAUCAACCACAGGGCCAUGGGCAUGUUCAUCAUCAUGUAGAAGGCUAACUAUCACCGAAUCAUCUGCAAAUUUUAAUAUUAUCCUAUUAUCAUGCCGGCUGCAACAGUCGUCCGUGUACAAAAUAUAAAGAAGAGGGGAAAGGACGCAGCCUUGAGGGGACCCGAUAGACAGGGACAUGUCUCUAGACAUGCAUUAGAAAGCUGUUCAUUGCAGAUAAAAACAAUGACUGCUAGUGUGUUUAAAUUAUUCCUUUAAUAACAUUAAAAGUAGCAAGAAAAAAAGUCUGAUAGCUGCCCUGAAGCAGACAGGAGGCUAGCGAAGCGCAGCCAACACUGCUGCUAUGUUUACAUUUUCUUAUUCCCAGUGAAAAAUUAGCAGCAGCUUUGUUUACCAAAAUGAAGAAGUGAUUAAUUUUUUAUUUCAGUUCGUCCAGCUGUCCUUGCAGGAUUUUGCAUCCUUCAGUCCAGACCAUAGUCUGCAAAGAGGUUACAAAAUAUCAGUAGGAUCCACUUACAAAGAGGGAUAAAUAUGGCAGACAAGCCCCUAGCUCAAUACGCUGCAAAGACUGUCAUCAAUAAUUGGCAAAAGAAAAAAAAAUCCAACCAAAGUGUCCUUUUAAAAAAAUUAAAAUCUGAAAUGAGAAUAAUCAUUGUUUAAUCAUUUUGUUUAGUUUUAAAUGUGAACCAAGCACUUCUGACAGACUGCAGAGACAAAAAGUCAAGAGGAACCGGCACACACUGACUGUCACUUGUGCACUGAAAUUAUGUUUUGUUCUUUUGUGACGUUUGAGGGCGUUCAGUUGCAAAUAUUAUAUUUUAUUUUCAUUUAUCACAUUUUAAUUUUGUAUGAGAUAUUUGUCAUCAACCGUAAUACUGCCAUUGCCAUUCUUUACCAAUUUAUUUUAAGCUUCUGAUUUACAUAAGAAACAAACAGCAAAACUGAAAACUGCUUUGAUUUCAUUUGUUCUCAGGAAGUUUUAUCCAAAUCUCAUUUAUUUAUUUAGAAUUUAUUUUAUUAAUUUUAUUUUUCUAUACACCUCAGGCAAACAGCUGAGGUGUAUAGAAAAAUAAUAACAAAUCAUUUUUGUUAUUGUUUUUCCCAUUAUAAAGCUUUUUUUUUAGUAUUAUUGUUUUAAUAAAGACUUUAUGUCUUCGACUCUUUUCUUAUUGGGAACUUAAGGAGAAUUUAACAGCAUUAAUCAACCUUCAUAUAAUAAUUUUUAUUUCUUACAAAUAUUGAGAAAUCUUGAUUUGCUUCCAUUUAUAAAGAAUAAAAUUUUACCCUCUGAUGUAAUUUGCAUUUUUAUACUAACCCUGGUUGUAUAUUGUGAAAAAGUUAAACUUUUGUUUUAACUUUUUAUCAAUUACUAUCUAUAUAUAUCAGACUUAAAAUCUAAUAUUUAAUAUUAUGACUGACAUAAAUUGUCCUUUCAUUUAUUUUAUUUACCUUUUUCUGUGUUCUGGUACCUGAAUGUGUGAACUGCUUAAUUUCAUUUCAUUGUUGUAUGUUUAUUUGACACUAAUUUUAAAAUAUAAAGCUCUAAAAUAAAUCAAAGUACUGUGUAUGACAUUUAUAGACAUAAAUAAAUGACUGCUGACUGUGAAAGGGAGCUUAUAUUGGAGCUGUCCUCAUGUUGAUGUUUGAAAAUGAAAAUUAUAUUCUGUUUUCUAAAAAUGUUGAUGUGGUUUUAUGAAAAUUAAUUUUG